AUGAAGUACGUCCCGCAGCCGGCUGGUCUCGUGUUGACGUGUGUAAAAACUACACUUCCCCAAAGCUGUCACGGAGCGCUCCCGCCUCCCAUUGGCCGCUCGCCUCCGCCGCAGCCCCAGAGAAUGAAUGAAAUUGAAAUAGCAGCUACAUUACAUGUACAAUACCGGGCUCUGCAGUGUUGCAUUCUAUCAUUCUAUAUCAAAAUGGCUACAGCGGUACAGAACCCUCUCAAAUCGCAAUCUGGAGGAGCAGUCAUCAAGAACAGUCUUGGUGAGGAGUUUUAUAAGGAGGCGAUAGAACACUGCCGCAGUUAUAAUGCCCGCCUGUGUGCCGAGCGCUCCAUGCGGCUGCCCUUCCUGGACUCUCAGACUGGAGUCGCCCAGAGCAACUGCUACAUCUGGAUGGAGAAGAACCACCGCGGGCCCGGUCACGCUCCAGGUCAGUUGUACACAUAUCCUGCUCGGUGUUGGCGCAAGAAGAGACGGUUGAACAUCCUGGAGGACCCUCGGCUUGUACCCAUUGAGUUCAAAAUUGAUUACGAGGCGUCCCUGAAGAAGGAGGGAGGUAUCCCAGAUGGUCCAGUGCUGGAGUCCCUUCUGUCGGGAGAAGCCCUUGACAAAAAGGUGGAGACGAAGGAGGAGGAGUCCAUGAGCGAGUGCCAGAAGCUGCUGGUUGGGGAUUUCCCUCACGAGCUGGAGGUGGACGAGAUGGAGGAAGAUGUCCCAAAGCGAAAGAACCGCACCAAAGCACGAGCCUAUGGCGUUGGAGGAAUGAGGAAGAGACAAGAGCCGUCCGCCAUCGAGGACAGAGACAAGCCUUAUGUUUGUGACAUUUGUGGGAAACGUUACAAGAACCGCCCAGGGCUGAGUUACCACUACACUCACACACACCUGGCAGACGAGGAGGGUGAGGAGGAAUCAGAGAGACACACACUUCCCUUUCAGCGCAAGAACAACCACAAACCCAAGAAAGCUGCAGAUGGUUCGGUAAUCGCUAACGGAUACUGUGACUUCUGCCUGGGGGGGUCGAAGAAGACUGGCUGUCCUGAAGACCUGAUCUCGUGUGCGGACUGCGGGCGCUCAGGACACCCGUCGUGUCUGCAGUUCACGGUCAACAUGACGGCCGCUGUGAGGACCUAUCGCUGGCAAUGUAUCGAGUGCAAGUCCUGCAGCCUGUGUGGGACCUCCGAGAACGAUGACCAGCUGCUGUUCUGUGAUGAUUGUGACAGAGGCUACCACAUGUAUUGCCUCAGCCCUCCCAUGUCUGAGCCACCAGAGGGGAGCUGGAGCUGCCAUCUGUGUCUGAGACAGCUGAAGGAGAAAGCCUCAGCCUACAUCACUCUCACCUAAUCCACCGGGCUGCCCCUACAACUACCCCUACAACUACCCCAAACUGCCCCCUUGUCGUAGCCCAUACCCUCUCUGUGCCCCCGGCCCCUUCUCUACAGCCGUACAAUGUGUUUCUGACUUUACACUGAGCACAUAGCAUCACAGGGCUCCCUCAAACCUCAUCCUCUGCCUCCACUAAUUUCCACUGAUUGGUUACAGACCAAAUCAACCAAUGACAGGACCCCUGCAUCCAUAGCCCCG